AAAAAACAUCACAGCAGGAAAUAGAGCAGAAGGCUGCGCGUUUUGUAACUAUAACAAUACUGUAGCUGAAACAGAACAUUUCUCAUUAUGUGAGGUUAUCUACACCAUCUUAUGAUUCAUCGAGCAUUCAGUGUGCACGAAAUUUCAGUAGAGUGUCCGCCACCGAAGAAUGGCUCGUCUCUCAAAGGAACAUGAUUACCAGGACUGGAUGUCUCAGCUCCCUGAGAUUCUUUGGGACAGACCUUUGUGGUGCCUCGCAAUCCCAGGAAGUCAUGACUCUAUGAGUUACUGUUUGGACAUAAACUCACCUUUAGUCUCAUCUGAGUCGAAUGCAUUGAGGAUUGUGGACCGUGUCUUGCCCUGUGUCACACGGCCAGUUAUUUAUAAAUGGGCAAAAACACAGGAGGAAAACAUUCUGGAACAGCUGAAUGCUGGGAUUCGAUAUUUCGAUCUUAGAAUUGCUCACAAACCUCAAGAUCCUUCAGAUGAUCUUUAUUACACACACGUGAUUUACACCACUAUGACAGUGCGGGAGACUUUACAGGACAUUGCUCAGUGGCUCAAAUUUCAUCCCAAGGAAAUUGUCUUUUUGGCAUGUAGCCAUUUUGAAGGGCUGAAUGAAGACUGUCAUGAGAGACUUGUUCUUUCUUUGAAGCAUAUUUUUGGCUCCAAAUUAUGUCCAUUCAUGGAAACGCCAACACUGAGGAGGUUGUGGGAGUCGGGCUACCAGGUGAUUGUUUCAUAUGAAGACCAAACAGCUGAGAAGCAUCACGAUCUGUGGCCUGCAAUCCCCUACUGGUGGGCCAACCAAGCCAGCGCAGAGGGUGUGGUUGAGUACCUGGACAAACGGAAACACACAGGAAGCCCAGGGAGGUUUUCUGUGGCUGGGCUGAACCUGACAGCAAGCACGCAGUUCAUCGUGCUUCACCCCAGGCAGUCCAUACAGACUCUGACGUUGCAGAACUAUGGCUGUCUGGCAGCCUGGCUCCGGGAGCAGACCCCUGGCGGAGACACAGGCAGCCUGAACAUCAUUGCGGGCGAUUUCAUCGGGCCGUGUCAGUUCUGCUCGAUCGUCAUCUCCCUGAACAUGAAGCUUGUACAGCUCACUUGAUCACAUGCUGUGACUCUGAAACUUCACGUUGACUUUUUCAUGAUACCUUUUAUGUUGAGUUUUUCCCAUCCCACCAAAAGGUAAGCAGCUUCAUUACAUUCUACAGUUCGUAGUAAUGUUACGAUUAUUUUGUUCAGUAAAAGAAAGGUAAAAAUAAGUGUAUACGGUCCUAUUUUCCAAGGCCGGUCUGUCAUUGUUAAAGAGUAACAAAGGAGAAUUUGUUUUGGGAUUGGAUUUCAUGGACAUUGUUUUAAACCAGAAAGUACACUUUAAAAAAAAGAUAUAUGAAAAUAAGCAAUAUUAAAAAUGCUUAUUUUAUGUUAUCUACAUAAUAUGUGUAAAGGGUAUGUAGAAAUAGAUAUGUAAAG